AUGUCGACCAAGUCUCUGGAUAUCAGCCGCAGGCCUUCGACCUCGGUCACCGAUGCAGAAAAGAUUGAUGUCAGCCGUCGGCCUUCGACCUCAGCCACCGAUACAGAGAAGAUAGAUAUCAGCCGUCGGCCUUCGACCGCAGCCACAGAUACAGACAGGAAGCUGGAGUUUGUAACUCCGGAUUCGGUCAGCAGCUGCACAGGAACCGUCAGCCCGGCGGCCUUGGAAGCCCAGACACAGCUACCAUACUCGGACCCCGAUGAAGAGUUGCGAAACCUCCCAUUCGCUCAGCGAUGGGCUGGGUACCUCAAGCAAGAGAUAGCAAUAGACAGUCUCCUCGAAAUGGAGCUGUACAUUUUGACCUUCGCUACCGGCAUCCAAGAUGCCAUGACAUUCGCUUUCUUCGGCGUUUUCUGCUCCAAGCAAACCGGAAAUCUUGUCAACUUUGCGCUCUCAGCCCUGGAAUCCCACGCAGUUCUCCAGACAGAAGCCAAUAUCGCCGUAUCAUUUUGCUGCUUCAUCCUUGGCGCGGCAAUCUUCGGUCACUUCAACAACUUCGUUGGCAAGAAGCGCCGAGGUUGGUUGAUGUUUGUCAAUGCCUGGCAGACGGCGCUUAUCUUGUCUGCAACUGGCGUUCGAUACUGGUCACUCAACCACGGCAUUCAAGACUCUGGAGCAGACCCCUCGGCUCUAGCUUGCAUUGCGUUGCUUGCUUUGGCCUCCGGAGGCCAGAUUUCGCUUGCAUUGAGCGUCGGUAUGCCCGAGGUCAACACGACAAUGGUGACGGGAGCCAUCGUCAUGUUGGCGCAUGACAAGAAACUGAUCACGGUUCGCAACCCGGGCCGCAACCGCAAAGUUUUCUUCAUCCUGAGCCUUCUUGCUGGCUCUUUCAUGGGCGCCAUCUGCAACCGCUUCUCCAGCUCUGUCGUGUCUCUACUACUGGUUGGGAUCGUCAAGUUCACCGUCACGUUCUUGUUCUUGGCCAACAAGGGCGUCAAAAAGCACCCCGGCUCAACAGAGAAGACUGAGAGUUCUGUCAACAUCCUGCAAAUUCUGUGGGGCGACUGA